CCAUUCUUUGUCUCUCCCACGACUCCCUGACAGCUACUCGACUGCGCAUCUUGGAAUUCGCAAUAUCGCCGUCAUGGACUUCUCAGAUAUUUUCCGCAUUGUCAACCUAGCAACCGGAGCCUUGAUGGUUCUUGGAGGUAUCAGUCAAUUCUGGCCCCAUGUCAGCGUGCAAAGCACCAUUUGCGCCGUCUACAUCAUCCUCUUCGGUCUUGCCAAUGCUCUUCUUGAGUUCCAAAUCCCGCCUCAAGUCGCCAGAUAUGCCUCGUUUAUGUUCUCGUUCAUCGGACGCGGAGUCUUCUACAUCUUUGUUGGAGGCCUCUGCUUCUCGGACAACAUCUUGAAGUACCUGGUAGGUGGUGUCAUCAUACUCGUUGGUAUCGCCUAUGUCGUGCUCGAAUACGUGCCCAGCAUCGAGCCUCCGGCCAACAUGAGGGAUGCCGACGCAGGUUGGGGAGCCGAGCAAGUGUAGAGGGCAGAAGGUAUCGGUUGAAUGGAUCGAGAGGCAACAGUGUACAAGAUACGGCGGGAUUGAUCACAUACUUGCGAUGUACACAUACGACAAGCGAUGGGAAAUGGAGCAGAGGGGUUGUUGUACUGAAUGAGGAGACGGAAACGGUUGGACAAAUGUCACAAAGACGUGGAUAUGAGCAAAAGAGAGACGAAGAAUUAGCACGCUCAAGGAGUAGAUAUAAAAGCAAUCAAAGCCAUGUACAGAAG